AGGAAGAGAAAACCCACAUUGAUCACUAUAAUACUGGGAAAAUGGCCGACGCAAUUAGAUUCUUUGAGCUCAACACUGGGGCUAAAAUGCCUUCCGUUGGUUUAGGGACCUGGCAGGCUGAUCCUGGUGUUGUUGCCCAUGCAGUUACCACUGCUAUCAAGGUUGGGUACAGGCACAUCGAUUGUGCUCAAGCUUACUACAAUCAAGCAGAGAUUGGUUCUGCCCUUAAGAGACUGUUUGAUGAAGGAGUUGUGAAGCGUGAAGACUUAUGGAUCACCUCCAAACUCUGGUGCGCAGAUCAUGCUCCUGAAGACGUACCAAUUGCGUUGGACAAAACUUUGAAGGAAUUGCAACUUGACUACCUAGAUCUCUAUCUGAUACACUGGCCAGUGAGGAUGAAGAAGGGAUCGGUAGGACUCAAGCCUGAGAAUCUGACGGAAACGGACAUAGGGAGUACGUGGAGGGCGAUGGAAGCGACGUACGACGCCGGCAAGGCGAGAGCGAUCGGAGUGAGCAAUUUCUCGAGGAAGAAGCUGAAUGAUCUGUUGCAAAUGGCGCGCGUCCCUCCCGCAGUUAAUCAAGUGGAAUGCCACCCUCAGUGGCAGCAGCCACAGCUCCAUGAAUUCUGUGCCUCCCAUGGAGUUCACGUCUCUGGAUAUUCACCACUGGGGUCUCCAGGAACAGCAUGGAUCAAUGGUGACGUUCUUAAGCAUACAGUGAUCAACAUGGCGGCAGAGAAACUGGGGAAGACUCCGGCUCAAGUGGCCCUUCGCUGGGGCCUCCAAGCAGGUCACAGCGUCCUCCCUAAGAGCACAAGUGAGGCCAGAAUCAAAGAAAACUUCGAUGUCUUUGACUGGUGCAUCCCGGCAGAACUAAUGGCCAAGUUCUCUGAGAUUAAGCAGGAGAGGCUAGUGAAGGGAACUUGGCUUGUUCACGAGACACUCGGUUCCUACAGGACCAUUGAAGAACUGUGGGAUGGUGAACUGUGAGUGGGAAGCAAGAUGCAUGAUUAACGGAUGAUUAAUUGCAAAAGAGUAGGAGGAACAUUUGCCUCAUAUGUCUCAUCAUUUUAUCCUCUGUUGAUGUUCUGAAUGAGUUCUAGUCCAAUAAUUGAAGAGCAGAUUAAUUCUGCCAUUGAUUUUCUUUCUUGUUGCAGUUCGCAAUAGUCAGAAAAUAAGAAGUUUUGUUUUUGUAAUGUCAAAUACAUUCCGGUAUCCUAUUUGAGUUUGGUUAUUGUUUCUAUCCCUUGUUAUUAUUUGGAUUACCUUCCGUUCAUGUGGUAUAUAUUAAAUUGGUUGGUAAUGAAACGGAGAACGAACACCUGCAUUCUAUUGCCCAAA